AUGACUCAGCAGAGCUGGAUUGUGUGUGUAGCGCGGUGUGUCGGAGGACGGUGGUAUGGCGCGCUGGGAGAGCUGGUCGUGGAGUUGGUCGUUAAUGCUGUCUUCCUCCUCUCUCUGUCUGCUCACGGAGAACUCUCAUUGACCACUGUCAGCAAGACGGAAGUCCAGCACAGCCAAUCAUCUUUCUCCGCUGUAGAAAGGGCGGUGCUUAUCGGUGAUGACUCAGCAGAGCUGAUUGGUUUAGGGUUAGGACUAGCGGCUGGACUUCCUCUCAGCGCCAUCAAACGUAAACCCUCUCACAGAAGACACUCCCACUUGGACUUCACUGAACAGGACGAUCAGCCAAUCAGAGAAGAGCUAACUGGCGAGGAAUCUCAGGAACGCUCAGAUGAUAUCAUCAAGGUGGAGUUCCAUAACCCCGACCGCCCCUUGACCCCUGACCUCUCGUCUGAUUCUGAUUGGCUGACGGCUGUAGUUCAGCCCCUGCAGCAGCGGGCGGGAGACCCCACAGCCUGGACUCUGUCAGAUUUCUACGACUACCUGUCCCCCGACGACGAACUCUCCACCAUAGAUUCAACCCUUGACCCUGAUCCGACCCUGACCCCUCCGACAGACAUGGAGGAUGAAAACCCCUCGCUCACUGGCUCCCCUGUCCUCAAUGUUACCCCUGACAAUGAUGACCCCCAGCCCCCCUCUCAGUCUCAAUCCCCCCCUCCUCCUUCCCCUCCUCAGGGGUCAGAUGGGUGUGGUUUGGGCUUUGUGAGGUCAGAGGUCGGGGGUGAGUGUGUGUCUCAGUGUGACACACAGCCUGACUUCUGCUACAACAGAGGAGUUUGUACCAUCGCUACGGGAAUAGGAGCAUUCUGCAGAUGUAAUGUCCAGGACUAUAUGUGGAACAAGGGCUCUCGUUGUGAUUGGGUGGUGACAGACUUCCAGGUGCUGUGUGUGGUAGUGGGUGUGGCCUCUACGACCCUCAUCCUACUCAUCAUCAUCAUCGUCUUCUUCGCCAAACGACUCCACCGCCUGAGGAUUGAGAAUAGGCGACUCCGCAAACGCAGUCUAUACCGUCCACACAGCGAGAUGCAGACAGAUGCUUCUCUGUUUCACGGCGCAAGAUGGUCCCAUGCCAACGAUGACCCUCAGAAAAUGGAGGACCCUGUAAAGUCUCAAUUCACUCAAGGGGAGGAGUCUCUGAACAUCGCCAACUCUCAUUCGCCGAAACAUAUUAACAACCGCCCUGCCCACUCCUCUGACCACACCCCUAACGCAGACCAGGAGGUAAAUAGGGAGGAGGCAAGCUCCUCCCCCUCCAACAACAUAUACUAAAUUAUUAUUAUGAUUAAUGUAAUACCACCAUGCACAUAAGGGGCACCAUAAUACUCCAUAUAUCUACUAUACUAUCUCUGGAGAGGGACUGUUGAGCCCCUUGACUCCACUAGGAGCUAAAAGGACGAAAACACAAUUAUACUACAGUAUACUAUACUGUACUGUCCUAUACUAUAUCCCUUACAUAACAACAUGUUGCACCACUACUGACCACAUGGGGGCGAUGCUACUCCUUCCUUGCUACACCUAGCUGCAUCACUGUAGCAAUUCUGAACUAAACUGUCUCUGGCUGGACAAACUCUCCUCUCCCACAAUGUCCUGCUCUCAUCUCUGACCCUUUACUGCUGUCCUCCCUUCUCCCACUGUCUGCCUUAAGUCUGCGUCAAAAAUUACACCCUAUUCCCUUUACUGUGCACCACUUUUGGCUAGAGCUCUGGUCAAAAGUAGUGCACUAUGUAGGGAAUAGGGUGCCAUUUCAGAUCUUUACCCUUCUUUUUGUCUGCAUGCAUUGCUGUUUUCUACUAAAACAGUUCUUUAUGGAAAAUCAUUAUAAACAAGAUUAACUAGAAAUACAAGAAAAACUGUUGAGAAAUGACAAGAAAAACAGUUGAGAUACUUUGAUGUUUGAUAUGAUCCAGUGAAUAUGUAUAGGUUUCAUGUAAAGUUACUGUGUUGCCUGGCUUGCUAACAUUGAUAUAUUUAUGGUUUCUAUUGAUGUGGGUUAUAACCCUUUGAUGAAAUUCAGGGGUUGGUAUUUUUGGGGGUAGAACACAUCAUUAUAGCAUCGGAACCAGAGUUGUUGGAAUAAAACUUUGUAACUUUAAA